UAUUUCAACUGCCAACCAAAAUUUCAGUCAGUCAUCAAAUAAUGUGAAACCAGUCGGGUCCUCUUUUUUGUAUAACAAAACACAGAAAUACACAAAUUUUCGACCUGCAAAAUGGAAGAGACUGAAAUUUUGGAAAAUCAAAAUGUAACACAAGCAGACAAGAUGAAACCAGCAAGUGCACAUGGUGAACACAAGGAGUUGUAUUUGUUGAAUGUUUCAGACUCUGAGGAUUCACUUAAACAAAUGAAUCUUGACAAGAAAAAGUUAAACGGGUUCAAGAACUCCAAUAAGCAAUCAAAUAUGGACAAUUUGGAACAAAACCAAGCCAAAGAAAAAUCGCCGGAUAUAACACACAAAGAUAUAGAACUACAGGAUACACAGAAGAUCGAGUCUAAGGAAUCAAGAAAGUUAAGUAAAGCUGAAGAAACGGUUAAAACUUCUGGAGCCAAGGAAGGAAACAUCAAAAUGAACAAGGAAACCGAAAAAACUAAUCCGAAGGAUUCAAAGGAACUAAGUCAAGAAGCCAAAACGGAAGUAUCUGGAACAAUGGAAGAAAGUGUCGUAGUAAGCAAGGCCUCUAGCAAGAUUAUUCCGAAAAAACCCAAAGUACAAAGUCAAGAAAAGUUAAGGGAUGCGGCAUCGAGUAGAAAGUUAAAAGUUGAAGAAAAGUCCCAAAAAGCCUUUCCAUCUAGCCAGCUCCUUGCAGAAGAAUCACAGAAAAAUCCCAAAGGAGAAACUAAGGAAGUCGAGCAAAAUCCCAAUAAAGGAAAUCAGGAAAGCGGGGAAAUUCCGAAGAUUAUUCUAGAAAAGCCUGAAAAAAGAACUCUUAAUGAAACCAAUGAACUUGUCACCUCAAAGGAACAGGACACCAUUCCGAAGUCUGAGCCAAUCUUCCAAGCCUUGGGUAACGAAAAACCAGAUCAAUCGAUGGCAAGCACUUCUUUGGCGUCUCGGGAGAAAAUGGAAAAGCCGAAGGAAACAAGAACUGCAACCAACUCGAUAAGAACUGCAGUAAAGCCCACAAAAAAGGAUGUAAAGUCCCAGCCGAGGGAAAAAAUUAAAAAGGAUAUGGAAGAAUAUUUCAGUGGUAUUCAGGCCUUGGAGGUGAGGAAGAAACUAACCGAUGACAUGAACGCAAAGGAAGCCGAAGCUAUUCUAAAGGAGGAGCAGCGAAGGAAAUCCUGGAAGGAAAUGCUCUUAGAGGUCGGCAAAGCCACUUCCUUAUCCACUUCUACUCACAGCACAUCGUCGGGAAGACCGCCCCGAUCCGUAGUCAUAGCCAUCCUGCAGCGUACUGCCAAGGCCGAGUACAAGAGGAAAAUGACCAUCCUCAAGGACAACUUCAACUAUCGCCUGGGGCUGAUCAAACAGCUCAAACACGACAUGAAAAACAACUUUAAGAGCGAGGCCCAGCAACUCUAUUGCGACUACCACUCCAUCAAGAACCAGACUCAGAAUCAACCCACUUUAAGCGAUAUGCAUACAGUUUAUUCCAUGCCGAACAAUAGCCACGAUGUCUAGCGAUCUUCUUGGGGACUAGGAUUUUAUUCAGAAAUAUCAAGGCCCUGAGAUCGAAACUAGAAAAGUCGAACCACCAGCCGAAAAAAAAGUUCAGGACUAUACCUCCCUCACCUACUAUUCACCAUCCUUAAAUUAUUAGGGAUAGAGAAAACACUAGAAAAGUGUAUCCACCAGCCGAAGAAAGGAUUAGGAUUAUACCUAUUUUGCCGUUCACAUUCUAUACGCAACAAGGAAUACACUACUACACUAGAAACACUAGAUAGACCUUACCUCUUGACCUCUACUUUUCACUGACUUUAAGGAACCAUAUAUGAACUACUAUACACGUGUAACCAGCAGCCGAAACUAGGAUAAGGACUAUAUCUCAUGCACUUAUCUAAAUCACCAGACAUUCACUCCAUUCCGAAAGAGUCGGAAGAGAAGAUACCAGGACCUCAAAAUCUGUAGUAAUUUUUGCACGCUAUACACUCUACCUCAAGCAGUAUCCACAAAAGUGGCGCAGACAAAGGGCUUCAAGGUACUAAAACAACAGUACCUAGAACCAGGGCUCCGAAAUCUACGCUACAAAAGUGGAACAUCCUGCCGAAAGCGGGAUAUUAUGGGACUGUACCUCUUGCAUUCAUUUUGUGCACUUGCUUUUUUGCAUCUUGAAGGAGUGCAUCUGUAUCUCAUUAACUGUGUUUUAAUGGUACAGUCACCGCUCUCUCUGUACGCCCCUCGGUAUGCAACAGUUUUGUUGUAUGCCCAGCAACCUUAAAUUUGCGCCACUUCUGUUUUGCAUGUCGAAAUAAAAACAGCUCACAGCAAAGACAAUGAAAAUUGA